ACUUGAGACAAUAACCGAAAAUGAUCUUCGCUACAUCCUUGAACCUGAUCUUGGCCCUUGCGCCUGUUGCUCUCUUCGCGGCUCCCACACAGAAUGCCGAUUCGAUAGCGGCACUCAUCCCAAGACAAGAUGUGCCUGCUGGCGUGUGGGACAGGUUGAGGAAGACAGAUGCGCUCUGUGACUUGUCCAACGUUGUGCUUCCUGUUGCACCAACACCCCUUGCUGCCCCAGCUCAAGGCUCCACCCUUCGCCAUAUUGCCAUCGGUCGCGGCACUCAAAACUACACUUGCGCUUCCGCCUCUUCUUCAGAUGUGCCCAAAGCCGUUGGCGCAAAAGCCUCGCUCUUCAACGCUACCUGUGACGCUGCUCGCCUGAACGUCGUCACUCUCGGCCAAGUGACCGACCUCUCCCUCAACUACGCCAUCCCUACCUCACCCGAAGCCGAACAGCGCUUGUCGGGCCACCACCAGUUCACCGCUGCCGGUGUCCCUCUGUUUAUGCUCGAGACGCCUGAGGCCAACUACGGACGUAUCGAGGCCAAGGUCGAUGCCAAGAGCCCUGCGCCUGCCACCGCAGUCAAGGGAAAGAACUUGCUCGGCAGUGUGCCAUGGUUGAAGCUGAGCGCUACUACUGACGGCUCUUGGGCUUACAAGGAGGUUUACCGCGUACAUACUGCUGGUGGCGUUGCUCCUGAGAACUGCCAAGGUAUCCAGGGCAGCUUUACUGUCGAGUACAGCGCACAGUACUGGUUCUACGCCUAA